GUGUUGCUCCCAAACACCAGCUGGCAAGGUGCGAGAUGCUGUCUGGCAGCUGAGUGCUCCCGCUCGUGCACGGGCUGCGUCGGCUGUGUGAAGCGUGAGGAAAAUCCUACAUAAAACUCCGUCAAUCUUGGAAGCACCCUGUUUAUAUUCUCUUCGUGUUGUCUCAUUAGCGCAGAAACUUGCUUUCGCGUGAGCAUUGCCACCAAAAUAGUUGCCUAAUAUAAUUAAAGCUCCUGGCUCUUUAAAUUUGAUGGGUGAUAAAAAAAGGCGUCAUGUCUUCAUGAAUUAAAAGCUUGCACGGUUGCACAGUCUCAUUCAAUCUGUCUCCUCACUCCCUUCAGAAACACUGCGGUGGUCCACAAGGCUUUGGACGCACGUCAACGAAGCAUUCGCCCCCGGCGGCACAUCCUGCAGGCUUUGUAACCGCUGUGCUGGCCCUAAUGUUUUAUGCAGCCCGGGUCCAGAAGAAACUCUGUAGGGGAAGCAACAGGACAAGCUGCUAAAUCGGCAAGGACAGUUGUCAUCACUGGUAUUCCAGAUGGCCUUCUGCACAAUGAUGUCAUGACUGACAUACUGAUGAUUCACUUCCAAAUGUCGAAGAAUAACGGGGGAGAUGUGGAAGAAGUAACGUAUCCAACAGUGAGAAAAGGCGUUGCAUAUGUAACUUUUGAAGAUCAAGAAGUUGUAGAGCGUGUUCUAAAGAAGGAUGAACAUCGACUAGAAGACAAGAGGUUGUCCAGAUACUAUCCGCUGAACGUAACCCGUUACUGUGAAAAUGUCUUCAGCUCUGUCACAUCUGUCCUCAAUAUGUCUAUUUUCAAAGAUCAGUUUGUUUUAGAAGAUCUGAUAGAAGAAUUUAAAAAGAAGAGCACAGCUUUGAGCUUUGGUCCUUUGCAAUCCAACGGGCAUAUUUCUGUUCAAGGCUCAUUUCCAGCAAUCGAACUGCUGAGAGACUUUCUCUUACUAAAAGCAAAAUGCCUUUCAGAGAAGGACAAAAGAGAAGAAAGUAGGUCCCAUCAGAGACCAAAGAGGAGGCAACAGCAACACAGCCUUACCACGGGGACGAGUAAUUUCAUUCGUGAUGCAGGUGGGGAAAAACAAGUGGUUGUUCUUGACACAGAUAUAUAUCACUACAUGAAGUACUUUUUUCCCAGGACAUUCCUAGUAAAUGAUGACGUUGUAAUUUCUGACAUCACUGAUGGUGAUAUAACUAUGGUAUAUAUUGAAAAUGCUGGAAGUAGGUCUGAUGCUGGACAGGUAUUGCGAGUCAAAGAGAAAAUCGAAAAUCAGUCUAUGAAACUCCAUAAUGCUUUACGUAAAGAAAGGAUCUACUUCAAAGAGCACGUCAGAGAUGAAAAGCGGAGGUACAAAUGGGUGUGUGAAAGUCUAAAACCCCAUUACCCUUCUGUUUUGGUCAUUCCCUAUGAUACUCACAUUGAUGUUAUAGGAAAUUCUUCUGAGACACUUGAAUUUACGAAGGAUGUGAGCAGUAAGAUUCAGAGCCUGUUUCAAACCAGGUAGAAAGUUAGCGUUCGUGGUGUUUACACAUUGUGCUUCUCAUACAGACUGUACUGGUGCAACCUGUGCACCUCUGUGUCACUGCAGAUCUGUCACAUGCCUCCCACUCGCAGGCUGGGAAGUCUGCACAUCAGGGUGAACAAGCCCAUUCCCCCCAAAUACCAAAUUAAGUUCAGAACAGGAAAGAAAUGAUCUCUGUAUCUCUUGUGAGCUCAGGGACCUGAGAAGUUAGGCCUCCUCUGUCAGACACAGCCGCCUUUUUCCUUUUGUUAGCUGUGUUCUGGGCACAUGCACACUCGUUCUGUCUUGCUGUCAGGAUAUGAUGAGAAAAGAGGGGUUUUUUAAAGAGUUCUCAUUAGCGUAGGAAGCCAGACUGACAAAGCUGAGCAAGCCAACCUGAUAUGAAAUACUGCGUGGAAGUUGAGUUACGUUUCUUUGUGCAAGGAGAUGACCACUGAAAACAGGAAUGGUGGCCUUUUUCUGAUGCCUUUAUCUGCAGAAGGAAGUCCUCGUCUUUGAGAUGAAGAAAGAAGGUAGAGCUUUGAUACUUGAGGGGACAGAAUGCUUAUUAAAUUUACAGGCUUGUCAUGUCCUGAGAAAGACAUUAGAAGAUGGCAUUGGAGGCUCUCGACAGUAGAAAAUAAGUGAGUUUGUUUUCAUAGGAGCAGUAACGUUUUUUUUCCCCAGCUGUAACGGCAUCUGCAGCAUCCCUUGCCAAUGUGUUAUUUAGACAUGAAAGUAUAUCCAGAGUUUUGAUGUGAAAAUCUUGGGGCAUCUAGAUGUUUGAAUCAGCUUCUGUUUAUGCAAAUCCGUUUCUAUAUCCAUUACAAGAGUGCAAAUGCCUAUCCUAGUUUAGGCUUUUUAAAAAACCAGUUUAGAAAUUUUUUUUUUUUGUGGUAUCAGUGUGUUCAGAAUUCUCUGUCAAAACAUACAGAGCACUGGCUCUUUUGUCUUAUGUGCAGGAAAAGAUUUAAGUUUUUAUGCCAUUAAAGAAAUUAGUUAU